AUGAGUGAAGUCUCAUCCACGCGUCUCUAUCUCGGGAAUCUGCCCCGCAACGUCACUAAGCAGGAGAUCGAAGAUCAUUUCAAUUCCCACCACGGCUCCGGCAAGAUCACAGAAAUAAAGCUCAUGAGUGGUUUUGGCUUCAUCGAAUAUGAGGAUGCUAUGGAUGCGAAGGAUGUUGUGCCAGAUGGAACGGAUUUCAAGGGUGAACGUCUCACUGUACAGUUCGCCCGUGGACCACGCCACAAAGAAACUUUCUCUGGACCGCCGGAUCGUUCCAGCGCUCCACGUCCACGGCGGACAAUCUACCGCAUGCAGAUCUCUGGACUUCCAGAAACUAGUUGGCAGGAUCUCAAAGAUUUCGCACGACAGUCUGGCCUUGAUGUAGUGUACUCUGAGACCGGCCAUGAUGGAAGAGGAUUUGUCGAAUUUGAAACAGGAAGUGACCUCAAAACCGCCGUUGAGAAACUGGACGGCCGUGAAUUCAAGGGCUCUAGGGUCUUAUGCACGCAGGACAUUCAAUCCCAGGAGGAUCGCCAACCCCGUGAGCCAUACCGUUCCCGCUCACCUGGGCGGCGUGGCGGGUACCACCCUUAUGAGGAAUAUGACCGGCGCGGGGCACCUCCACGUGGGUAUAGCCCCCGCAACCACUACCGCGAGCGUUCACCGGCCUCUCGUCGUGACUAUUAUGAACGCGAUAGCUAUGGACGCAGAUCUCCUCCUCCUCGUUCUCGUAUUGAUGAUUACCCACAUCCACCCCGCCGCCCAUAUGACGAUGGUUAUGACCCACGAGGCCCUCCUCCACCCCCACCUCGUCAUUAUGAUGACCCCUACGCUCCCAGGCAAUACGGCCGCCCACGGAGCCCCCCACCACCAAGAGGCGAUUAUGGAUAUGACCGCCGCCCUUACUGGUAG